CGACCCACCUCUCGGGCGCCGUCCCCGUCACGGCGCCGCGGGACAGCCAUGCCAGGCCGCCUGCUGCGGGGCCUGUGGCAGCGAUGGCGCCGUUACAAGUACCGCUUCGUACCUUGGAUCGCGCUGAACCUGAACCACAACCCGAGGACCCUCCGAUAUGUUCCAGAGGAAUCCAAAGACAAAAUUAUCUCAGAUGAAGAUGUCCUAAAAACAUUACUGAAAGUUUUCCAGGCUCUGUUCAUAAAUGAUUUCAAUAAACAAUCAGAUAUCUUGACUGUGCUUCCAGAAGUUGUUAAAUCAAAGUAUCAAGACCUACUGUCAGUUCAACAUCCAAGGCUGAAAUUGCUUGAACACAGAUAUCAACAGCAAAAUAUCUUUAAACCAGAAGAAAUUCUUUAUAAGACAUUGGGUUUCAGUAUUGCUCGAGCAACUAGUUCAUUGAUUUCUGCUGGAAAAGGUGUCUUCGUUACUAAAGGAUUGGUACCAAAAGGCGCGGUUGUAUCUAUGUAUCCUGGUACAGUAUAUCAGAAGUAUGAGCCAAUCUUUUUCCAAUCCAUUGGAAAUCCAUUUAUUUUUAGAUGCUUAGAUGGGAUACUCAUUGAUGGAAAUGACAAAGGAAUAUCAAAAGUCGUAUACAGAUCUUGCAAUGGGAGGGAUCGACUUGGCCCUUUAAAAAUGAGUGAUAGUACAUGGCUAACAUCAGAAAUUCACAAUCCACUGGCCGUAGGACAGUAUGUAAACAAUUGUUCAAAUGACAGAGCAGCUAAUGUCUGUUAUCAGGAAUUUGAUGUGCCUGCAGUUUUCCCUAUAGAGCUGAAGCAGUAUCUUCCAAACAUUGCCUACAGCUAUGACAAGCAAAGCCCCCUUCGAUGUGUCGUUCUUGUUGCACUCAGGGACAUCAAACAAGGAGAAGAGCUUUUUUCAAACUACUAUACAAUUGUCAGCUAACUCUAUGAAUUAGAAAUUAGGAUUUAUACUCAGCUGUUGAGUUAAUUUAAAUGUUUUUUGUUAAUUGUUUCUCUGAGUUUCACCUAAAGAACAAAUAUUUUGAGACCUAAUCGGAAUGGGAGUUUUUUGUUUUUAUUGAUAUUAUAUUUAUGUUUCAAUUUCAUGAUAAAAGCUAUCUGCUGCGUUAUAAUUUCAAAUUUGCAAUGCAAUUUUAAUUGGUUUUCACCUGGAUACACAAAAGCUUAUUAAAUUAAAAUCUACUGCCUGAACUUAUAAUUUCAAUUUUUCUUUUGUUUCUUUUGUAUAUCUUUGUGGUGGCUUAUAAAAUUUUAGCUAAGUCAUCAGCAAUUCUUAUACUGUUGAUGUGUACAAACUCCUGUAAAAACAUUAUUUUUACAGAAAAAACUAAAGCCAAAAAUAUUUGUUGUGGUGCCAUGAGUUAAUUGGUAUGUGUGUCUAAUUUAAAGAU